AUGAUAUUCACGCCCCCGUUCUGUGGCUCCCGCAGGGCCUGUCUGGGGGCCCGGGACCCCUACUGCGGCUGGGACCUGGGUCUGAGGCGCUGCACGGCGCUGGAGGAGAGCCUCAGCAUGAAGCAGUGGGAGCAGAACAUCAGGGAGUGCCCUAGGAAAAAUGUCACGGUGGACGGUGGCUUUGGCGCCUGGUCGGGCUGGAAGGUGUGCAGCCACAGCGACGGGGGUGCCGUGGGCUCCUGCCUCUGCCGGACGCGGGCCUGUGACACCCCCCCGCCGCAGUGCGGGGGCCAGCCGUGCAUGGGCUCUGCUGCAGAGGUCACCAACUGCUCCAGGAACGGAGCGUGGACGCCGUGGACCCCAUGGGCACCUUGCAGCACCAGCUGCGGCAUCGGCUUCCAGGUCCGCCGGCGCUCCUGCAGCAACCCCAGCCCUCGACACGGGGGCCGUGUGUGCGUGGGCCAGAACCGCGAGGAGAGGUACUGCAACGAGCAUCUGCCCUGCCCACCGCACGUUUAUUGGUCCAGCUGGUCGCCGUGGGAACGCUGCACGGUUCCAUGCGGUGGAGGGCUCCAGGCACGGCGCAGGACCUGCGAGAACGGCGAUGACUGCGCUGGAUGCGGCCUGGAGUACCAGUCCUGUAACCUGCUCCCCUGCCCCGACCUGAAGAAGACCACCCCCUGGACGCCGUGGAGUCCCGUCAACAUCUCGGACAGCGGCGGCCAUUACGAGCAGCGCUUCCGGCAUACGUGCCGGGCGCGGGUGCCGGACCCCAGCCUGCUGGAGGUGGGACGGCAGAGGGUGGAGAUGCGUUACUGCUCCAAGGAUGGAUCCACAGGCUGCUCCACUGAAGGAGACCCCCUGCGCUCCGGCCGGCUGUCAGCCCACGCUCUGAAUGGAGGCUGGUCGCCCUGGGGGCCCUGGUCCCAGUGCAGCCGCGACUGCAGUGGGGGCACCCGGAGCCGAAAGCGAGUCUGCAGCAGCCCUGAGCCACGCCAUGGGGGCCUGCCCUGCCUGGGCCACGCCCUGGAGUAUCAAGAGUGCAACAUCGCCCCCUGCCCAGUGGAUGGGAGCUGGGCCUGCUGGUCACCCUGGUCCAGGUGCUCCGUCACCUGCGGGGGAGGACACUACAUGCGCACUCGCACCUGCAGCAACCCCCCGCCUGCCAACGGGGGGGACAUCUGCCUGGGUCUGCACACCGAGGAAGCUCUGUGUAACACUCAGCCCUGCCCAGAAAGCUGGUCCGAGUGGUCCCAGUGGUCCCAGUGUGACUCUGCUGGUUCCCAGCUGCGCAUCCGUCGCUGUGACAUCCUCUUCCCCACCGGAAUCCAGUGCCUGGGAAACAGCUCAGAGUCCCGACCCUGUGUGUCUGACUCCAACUUCAUCUCAGAACUAUCUAUCGCUCGUUCCAGUCAAGAAGAGAGAAGAUGCGAAGACUUCAGCUUGUUCCACAUGCUCGCCGUGGGACUCAGCAGCGCCAUCCUCGGCUGCUUGAUCACACUCUUGAUCUACACGUACUGUCAGAGGUACCAGCAGCAAUCCCAUGAUGCCACAGUCAUACAUCCCAUAUCAGCUGCUCAGCUCAACACCAGCAUAACCAAUCACAUCAACAAACUCGAUAAGUAUGACUCCGUGGAGGCCAUCAAGGCUUUCAAUAAAAACAACCUGAUCCUGGAGGAGCGAAAUAAGUACUUCAAUCCCCAGCUAGCAGGAAAGACGUACACCAAUGCCUACUUCUCCGAUCUCAACACGUACGACGACUAUUGAGUUGAGGUUUUUGUCAGAUGGACGGACAAUUCUUUUUGUAAGACAACAAGCAUCUUUGUUUCGUGAAUUUUCCGUUAUGCUUUCGUGAUUUGUAUUGACGUAUAUGACAUGAGGUGCCCGCGCGGCGGUUAAUUUGCCGACGGCCGUUUAUUUGGACGGAGAGAGAACAACAGGAGAUCAGCACGAUUUCUGUGUCUGGAAGACGAUUGGGAGAAACCAGUUUUAGUACACUAACUAUUUUUAAACUAAACGUAUGGGGAGGGUGGGGAGGGUAGGGAUGUCUAAUAGCUACAACGAGAUCAAAGACUUCCCAUAAAACAGGGUUCCCCAGUCAGAUGACUGGUGCACCUGUGCUUAGUAUAUAGAGCUCUCUGUUCUACCAAAACACUAAAAUACUCUAGGAUUCAACUUAUUUCCAUAACUGAACUAAUUUAGUAGUCUGUCUCAAUACUGAGGUUAUUAGCAGUUUAACAGACGCUAGAAACCCUUUAAGAGCAGGGAUUAGCAAUACCUGCUGUAACCCUUUGGAAAAAAUAGUGCUCCUGUGGUAUAGUGCAUGGACGGACUGGGCGGAUAACCUUGUUGCUUCUUUGAUUUGCAUGACUGAUUGCAUCGUCGAGCCUUUGGACCUGAGCAUGGUCACGGCCUUCUGCGCGCAGAGGACUUCCCACCAGGGCUCCCAUCACGAGUCCUCUUCCUAGCCAAUCCACCUGUAGAUAUUAGGAAUAACAGAUGUUUGUGUUUCUUUUCCGUGCGAGGCCUUGAUCGUGGUAAUCGCCUUGUUAAAGUAAACCAUUCCACUGUACAGUGAGCUGAUUCGCAGCUCUGUGCCACUGCAACCUUUUGUAGUUUUCAGAAUGCAGUAUGUUUUUUUUCCAUUAAAACAGUCUUGUGUGUUUAAAAACAUAUCACUAAUAAAAAGAACCAAUGAACAUAUUUUGUCAACAUAAACUGAUGUCUUGUUUGUAAUUUGUUGCUGGGUUGAAAACUGUCAUAAACAAUGAUGAAUCAUGACUAUUAAUUCCAAUUUCUUGAAUCAUUACAUGAAUAAAUUCUACAAGCAAAUGAA